CAGUCUGGCUCUGCCUGACCUCUGUGCUCCCAGGGAGCCCAGCUGAGUUCAUCAUGAACAUGAGCAAUGCGGGAGCUGGUGCCCUCUCGGUGACCACUGACGGCCCCUCCAAGGUGAAGAUGGAUUGCCAGAAGUGCCCUGAGGGCUACCGUGUCACCAUUACCCCCAUGGCACCUGGCAGCUACCUCAUCUCCAUCAAGUAUGGCGCCCUACCACAUUGGGAGCAGCCCCUUCAAAGCCAAAGUCACAGCCAAUCCCAGGUGCCCUGGGCCCGCUGCUGAACACAACUCAACUGUGCCCCUGCCAUGGACUCCCACACCAACCUGUGUCUCUGACUGAAGACUGCCCCAAAC